ACGAGGAGCAGCCUUGACUCUGCAACUACACAACCCACCUCAAGUGUUAACACAGCAGCGUUCAGGUCUGCCUGUGCCUGUGUGUGUGGGGAGGGAGUUGUCGGAGCAGCAGAUUAGUAAUUAAUAGUCUCAAGCAAGGUUUGAAUCUGCAGGACAACGAGGUUAUUUUUGUAAAGCCAAAAAAAAGUUUCUUUUUUUUAAAAAAAAAAGUUGCAAGCCGUUGGAUUUUUUUUUAAUUAUUUUACGAUAUAAGUUUUGCGAUGGUGGGCAGUCUGAACCUGCAGGAGGUAACUGGUCCUCUGGUCGAGCCCAAGCGGCUGGGCGAGCGGGUCCUGGACAGUCCCGACUCCGGGCUUCCCCCCAGCCCCAGUCCCACACCCAGCGUCUGGCUGCCGUCCCCGGGGGGAGCUGAGAACCGGCUGCUGGAGCAGGAGGACACCGCCUUCCCACCUAGAGGGGGACACGCUCCGCAAACGGACAAUCUGAUUACUUCCCCUUUCCUAAUCACAGGAUUUGGGCCAAGGCUGCAUCCGUUAUCAUUUGGAGAAGGAGUUGAAGUGGACCCUUUGCCACCAAAGGAGAUUAGGUACACCUCCUCUGUGAAAUAUGAUUCAGACCGGCACUACGUCAACAAUGUGUUCCUGCAACACACCCUGGGCAUCGACUCUUGCAGCCAGACGGUGAUCUGUGUUCCCAACUGCACAUGGCGGAAUUACAAGACGGAGUUGAAGUUUGAGCCGCAACACAAACCGCGACGAUUCCGCAGCACUAUCAUUGUGUACCCGAAGUACGCAAAGACAGUCUAUACAACAACUGUGGAUUACAACUGCAGAAAAGCAGCACGGAAAUAUUUGUCCAGUGUGGAACUUGAAGCCACAGAUUACAAUAGCAGUGAAAUGGCGCUCCCAGAUGGCCAGUGACUUAAAAUAUCAAAUACUGCCUGCUUUUUUUUUUCUUUCAAAGAGGAUUUUGUUUUGAAUCCAGUCAUUCUUUAGACUGUCCAAAAUUGCUUCUAAACCGUGGUGGCUUCUGAACUUCUUCAAUACUGCAUUUCUUUUGCUCCUUGCAACAUAGUCUACGUCGUGUUUCUUUUUUAAUCACACAAUAAAGUUUAGGAAUUUCCUUAGUGAUUUUAUUGCCAUUAACAUGUAUAAGGCAGGAAUAGAUUAAGGAAGCAAAACACAAGAAACCAGUUGUGAUUUUAAUUGUUUUAACAUGCACGGACUGGAGAUGAGUGCCAAGGCGCAAGAUAUCAGUCUGUCACCCAUCCAUUGGGAGCCCGAGUUUCAGUCCAUGUUGGAAUGGAUGGACGCAUUAUUCCUGAAGCUUGGGUACUGUGUCAGGAAGGACACGAGGAGUAAGUUGCCAAUCUUGGCUGCGCCUGGCCGUGACCAGCCUACACUGAGACUGGGGAUGGGUGCAGCUGAAUGCCUUGUUUUCAGUUUGGGUAUGGGACUGGGGUGGCAGGGCAAAAGGCUCAAAACAUGACUCUGAAGAAAUCCCACUGCAUGCAUCAAUUUUUUUUCUAAUUGUUACAUGGAAAUAUUUCCUGUGCGUUUAAUACAUUUGUAAAUAAUGGUGAAACUGCUGUGUUUGAAACACAAAGUAAUUCAUUUGAAGUACAGUUAGCAGUGGGGGAAUUAGAAAUGGUAAACCUGAGGUUUUAGUAUGGACUCCUUCAUGAUGAACCAAACAAUCGCAGUUAGUUUUGAUGUGGGAUUUCGUAACAUUUUCCCGACCUUGCAUCAUACUUGAGUAAGAGCAAGUAUGUGAUGUAUGCAUAUGGCAUGACCUACUUGCAGAAAUAUUACUGUAGGCCUCAGCUCUGAAGAAUAAUUCCAUUAAAGCCCUACUGAAAUAGUGUAGUGGGGCUUAAUUUUCAAAUGUGCUACUUGCCUGGUAGUAGGUAACAUUACUCCACAUUUGCUUAUGUUGAAAACAAUUCCAUUUUACCCUUAUUGCAAGUGGUGAGGGGGAGGGCUAUCUAUUGAUUUCCUUAGGAAAACACCAUCAGUUUUCACUAACGCCAGUUCUUUACAGGUGUGAAAACUGCAUGUGUUGUAUGGCACAAGGAGCUAUUCACCUGACAUAACUGAGUGGACUAAUCAGAUGGGUGCAGAUGAGGAAGGCCAGCACUCCCCUUCCAUCCCCAUCAAGGCAUCCGGUUGUUCCUUGAAUGAGUCUUGCCUGCACCAUUUGUGGAUUGAUCACUGUUUUGUGAACAACUCCCUGACCUAGUUUACCUUUCCCACUAUCACGCACUGUUCUUGUGUCCUCGUUUUGUGGUUCAUUCUCAUUGUGUAUAAAAAUGAGUCAAAUGAUGCUCAAUUUUGUAGAGUAAACCAUCAUAUACAACGUACUGUGAAACCAUGCAGUUUUAAAAGAAAAUAGGAAUUAAUUUGAGUGAUUGGUCAGAAGUUGCUCUUGGUGAGGAUGUAAUCAAUUAUUACUGAUUUUUAACAUGGAAUCUACAAAUCUGAUGACAUUAACAGCUCUGGAAUGAGUGUGGCAAAUUGUGCAAGAUUGUGCAUGAGGGCUUGUUUUGGAUCUGAUGGGUAGGAUGGACUGCUCCUUUAAGAUGCAUUGAGGGAAAAGCAAGUUAAAAUGACCUCCAGCUGUACCAGCUACAGUUGCAUGAUACAAUAUUUGCCACAUUUCACAGCCAGCUCCUUUUGAGGGUUGCAGCAGGGAAGGAGGGUUGACAGGGACGAUUCAGCCACUUUAAAACUCCUCAAACACUUAUAAUAUUUGGAAGGAUACCAGUGAGAUUGCUUCCUAAUUUUUUCUCUUGUUUUGAGGGGUUAAAAAGACCAAAGGAGGAAGAUUUCUCUUUCUUACGCACUUGUUUAGAAAGUGGUUCAACAAAUAUUUGCACAAAUACCCCAGCUCAGCCCAAGCAGUUUUGAAAGAAAUACUGUAGAGGUCUUGCAUCCAUUUUUAUAUGUAGCUGGCUCAAUAAAUUUGGAAUAUUUUAAUUUUUUGUAUCUAGUUGUGAUUAUUAAGGUUACUCCAUUUAGAAGAUUGCCUGAAGCCAUUGAUUUUGGGACUUCAUGCUUUAAAAAAGCAACUUUUUCAGGACUAUGGAUGUAGUUGAACUUGAUAUUGCUUCAAGCUGGCACUGAAAAGGGGAAUUUAACCCAGCUGAACAACAUGUGUUAAGAUGCACAGAGUGUAACCAACUGCAAGCGUUUCAAGUUUGCACGCACACUUGACAAAUCUGGUGUUGCAUUCUGAAUACCUGACACCUGACUAGGCUUUGCAGCAAUGAUUUAAGUGGGUGGGGGAAGACAAGCAUCUUCAUGAAAUGUGACACUUGUCCUGAAAUAGUUCAGAUAAUCUGUGAAACAGAUCGGCUCUGCUGAUGUAUGUUUGGUAAUUGAAAUUGACUGACUACAUUGCUCGCUCCAGUCUUAAAAGGGCAUGGCUAUUUGACUCUGAAUACAGUAAUGUCUCUUCCACAUUCAAAAUUGGGAACGGAUAUUGUUUCAUGGAUAAACUAAUAUUUUAGUAUUAAAACUGGAAAAAGUUUGAAUUGGAUUUUGGAGUAGUGGAAGUCCACACUAUCUCUAGACCAGCAUGACAAGGAAGUUCCCCAAGGUUUGUACUCAAACCCCAGUGUAAAUUGGUACGUGUACAUGGGCUACAAAUGUUUUGUCACAUCCUCUUAUCAAUGGAAGCCAAAUUAUUCCAGAGUUCCUCAAAGCUAGUAUGUAUAAGUGAGCUCCAUUGUGUAAAGAAAUGCCUCAAUUCCAUUCAAAAAUGUUUCUUGAUUACUGAAUCUACUUUUUAGAAUCGAGUAAUUGUUUGGGAUUUUAUGCUAAAUGUGUGGGUCAUAAUAUGUUGGGUAAUGGAAAGACCAUGUCACAAUCUGUACCUAAUGACUGUCAAACAUUUUCCAAUCCAUUGUAGCAAGAGUGGUUACAGGGUGAAAACCCACCAGUACGUCUCAGCUCUUUUUUAGGGGAGCACUCCCUAAUGCACAUCAGUGUGCAAUUUCCUUUGCCCAACUCCUCCAUCUAUAGGCCUCAGAGUAAGAUUUUCAAUUUAGAGCAGUGUUAUAUUUGGCAGUUUUAUGUCAUGGCCUAUCUGGACUUUGAUCUCUCUGCUACAAAGGGUCCAAAGUGAACCUUCCUUUCAGUCAGUCUAGUAGAUUCUGGCUCAGGCCCACAUAGGAGAAGACAUGAUGGCAACCUUGCAGCACUGUUCAUUUCAAGUUGUAUCUAUAAAAUUGCUUAUUUGUGUUGCAGCAGAUUUGAUGGAGGUGUAAAGGGUGAUGAUGGGUUUGGAUCAGGUAGAAAAGCUUUUCCCAUUAGCUGAUGGUACAAGGGUGAGAGGACACAGAUUUAGGUUUUGGGCAAAAGAUGCAGGGGGGAAUGUGAGGAAGAACUUUUUUUAUAUGGUUGAGUGUUAAUGAUUUUGAAUUUUUGAGGGUAGUGGAAAUGGAGGUAAUCGAUGAUUUCCAAAGGAAAUCGGGUGGGCGUUUGAGGGAAAUAAACUUGCACGGCUACGUGGUGAGAUAGUUGGACUGACUGGACUGCUCUAGAGAACAGGCGUAGACUCUGGGCCGAAUGGCCUUCUGUUCUAUCUUGACUUUGACCUCUUUGCUGGGAAGUGGGAUGGGGUGGACUGCUGUACAAAGUGGCCGGCCAUAUUCCAUACUGUUCUAUGUUUGGUAAAAGGUACACUUUCGCAUGAAGGAUAUACAGGUCCAGCAUCAGGCUUCCUUUCCUUCAGAUGUAGCACUGUCUGUGAAAUGAUCUGUAGUAGCCCAAAUCCAGCUGAAUUGGCCUAAUCAUGCUGCAAUGUGUUGGCCAAAGUAGAAGGGGAACAUAGUGAGUAAAUGUGAUAGCACUGUAAAUGCAAUAAUCACAUCUAUUUGGAACUGCUCCAAGAAUCAUGCCAGUCCUUUUUUCCAGUUCACCCCAAUAUGAUGCACUUUAUGGGUGGAGAUUUGGAAGUGUGCUACACACCCCGUCUAUAAACAUUAAAUGAAUAGUUAUAGAAAGGCUUCAUUGUGUUAUGGUUUGGAUUAAAGUGCAAAUACCAUGAAAGCCAUGUGCCAGGAAUAGCAUUCCAGAGCAUGAGGAAUUUAAGAAAAAGGUUGAGUGGCUUGGUAAGACCUUUUGCAUUUUUUAUUCCAUUUUUACUUAAUCCUAAAUGUUAAGGAAUUGACUAUAUAUCUAAAACACUACAGUCCUGUUCUCCCUAGAUUGUUUAGAGCUAUUAAUUGGAAGAUGAGAUUUUCCUGCAGUAUUACCCCUCAAACUCAUUAUUGCUAUAGUAAUUUGUUCAGUAAUCUGUCACCCCUUUACUCUUGUAUAUCAAAACAUUCUUUGGCCUGACACGGAUUUUGAUGAAUGAAAGGCUUUUUAAAAAAAAAAAAUAAUUUGUAUUGUUUGAAGAAGAGCUUUGUGAAUUUAAAAAGGGUGUAAAUUAUGAAUAAAAACAAAAUGGCUUACA